GCGAACUUCGCAGAUUUUUCAAAAUCUACGUCUGGACCUUCUGCUUGAUGACUGGACUGAUGACAUAUGGUCGUCAGAUUUAACAGAUUCUAACACUACGUGGCCGGACGAGUUUCAGACUGCGCUAGAAAAUGAAAAUUACCUAGUCGCGCCUCUCACGAAGACGGUUGAUGAUUUGACGUUCUGGACACAACAGGAAACGGACGUUGUCCAUCAAAGAUUUUGGGCAGAUUUGAAUUCCUGCGAAGUGAACAUUAGGGGAUUGACAGCUAUGGUCUUCUGUUUCGUCUCAAACUGCGAUAAGAAGACUGAGUGUGGACCUCAGAGGGAGUCAGCUUUGUUGGCUGCUCGUCUUUAUGUGUCAAUGCUACGAAUUCCUGGAAGCAGUGCAUUUAAAGUGUUUCAUUCACUCGUUUUUGAGAAAUGUUUAGAGCUACUGAACUACAGUCAAUGGCACUUUCAAGUUAUCAAUCGUACUCAACGAAAACGAGGCAGGCAAGCUGGCAUGACAAACAAACAGAAGGUGCAGUGUGUGGAUGACCGUUCAUCUCAAAAUCUGGUUUCACAGGAAAGCAGUGCAUGGAAUUAUGAGACACUUCAUUGUCAAACUUCCACUUUAGAGAUGAGACGUAUCCAAAUGUUACAAUGUCAUUUGUUAGAGGAUAUUGUGUUGUUGUUGAGUGAAACAUCUCUGCAGGACAAUACCCAAACUGUUCACAAACUGAUUGAAAUCUUUGUGUCUCUCACUCAAAGUGAAAACAGUAUUCACCCUGAUUUUGCUGUUUCAUCUGGCAACAUGUGGUCACCCUGUCAGCUGGCGUUUGCUGGUCUUGACUCUUUGUCGCAGUCACGUCACGGUUCGACUGCACAAUCUCUGAUCACAAUUUUUAGAUCUCUGCUACCUAACUUGCUGCUGAUGCACCGUGGUCGAUUAGUUACAUCAUCAGUAACCAUACCUCAUAGCCUUUUGGAAGUAAAGGACAAAACAGCAGAAUUUGUUUGCCAUGUUGUUCAGGCUCAUGCUGGUGACGAAGGAGUACAGACUGCUACAAGAACUCUUUUGCAGCAAAUGUGUAUUCGUGUAGCAGACAGAGCAGAGUAUCGGCUGAAAGUAACCCAGGCUGUAUGUCAUAUAAUGAAGCAAAUUCCAGUCGACUGCUUUUGUGGACUUGUGUCUUGGAUAUGCAAAUUAGCAAAAACUUCUCAGGUGUCUAAUAGAAUGAUGGCUCUCUAUGUAAUUGUUGGUCUUGCAACCGGGGAGUGUUUGACAAGAAAUGAUGAAAUUUUGAGAAGCUCACUUACAGCUUCUGAAAAGGAGACCGUUACAUCUGCUCACUUGAUCACUGUACUCCUAGAUCGAUGCUCUGAUUGCUCUUCAAGUGUAAGAUCAAAAGCUCUUUCAAGUGUUGGUCUGUGUGCUACUCAUGAUACUUUAAGACAGAAGUUGCAUAAUUUAUUGUACCAAAAAGGCUUAUCAUCUGAUAUUGAGGAUACUUUGGCGUCACACAGGGCUAGUGUUGUGUUGCCAAUGUUAGUGAGGCGAACAAAAGAUCAGAAGUUAUUCGUACGAAGGGCUGCUUUACAGAUGCUUGCUGUAUUUUGUCAUCGUUCUAUGGAUCCCGGAUUGUCUGUUAGGAAGCAAGCACUUUCAUCCAUCACCUCUUUACUCAUGGUAUUGCCGGACAACAAGAAACUACAAAGUUUGUGGCUGGAUGCUGUACUACCUGUUGUUGUUGAUUGUGAAACCACUGCUCAAGAGAAAUGCUUGGACUUGAUGGAAAAUAUGAUUAUGAAGAAAGUCAUUGGAGCAAAAAAAUUAUCUGAUGUAGAACACCAACUUGCUUGGAAUUUGUUGAAUAUAGUAGCUAGUGAUGAUGGUUGGCAAUUGAGGAGGUAUUUUCAACGAGCUUGCAUUGCAUGGGGACGUCAGAAAAAGCUUGGCAAUGACUUUGUAAAUGCUGUUAUAGCUCAUGGUGAAGAUGAGAAACUUGAUAUGGCUGGAGUUUGGCUAAUCCUUUCUUGUAUUGCUCCAUAUUGUUCAAAUAUCAGUGUUGAGUUUGUACUAAACAGCUAUUAUCACUUUGAAAGCCAGUCAACAAAGUCAAGUAUUCAGUCUCAGAUUGUCAAUGUGAUGGGGCACCUUACUCGUCAGUUGGGUGAAUACCGAAUGGAAAAGCUUGGAACAGAGCUCAGCAGUUUGCUUAGGGAAAUGAAGGCUUCUCCAGAGUUGGUUUGCUCUAUUCUUACAUGCCUAACAAAGUUUAGUGAAGAGCUUGCUGCUUCAAAGAAAGGAAGUCGAAGUCAAUUGUCAUCCUGGGUGGGUCCAGUCUUGAGUCUGUGUGCUGAUUACAUAAAGCAAGUGGUUAUGGGUGAAGUUCAAUUGCAUGAUGAUGGCGAUGAAGAGUUUUCUCGAUAUUUGUAUGUAUUGGGAGAGGCAGCCCAACGCUGUCCAGAGUUAUUGGCCAAUGAUGUAGGUGUCAUGGUUCAGUCUCUAAUUGUUGGAAUGCCAGUAAAUGGUUCAUCAGCUGGAAUUGUGCUGAGUGGUAAAUGCCGUGCUCAUGCUUUUAUUGUACUGGGGAAGCUUUGCUUGCAGAACAGGGAACUUGCAAAGGAGUCCAUUGUAUUAUUGGCACGCGAGCUGGAGGAGAAUAGUGAUCCUGUUGUGAGGAACAAUGUCAUGGUGGUUAUGAGUGACUUAUGUGUUCGGUAUACAUCUCUAGUUGAUCAAUAUGUGUCGAACAUGACUUUAUGCCUCCAAGACAGUGAACCCUUUGUGAGAAGGCAAACGCUCAUUUUGCUGACUAACUUACUACAAGAAGACUAUGUCAAAUGGAGAGGCUCUCUUUUCUUUCAUUUCCUCACAAGCCUUGUGGACCAGGACAAAGACAUAAGACUAUUUGCCAAGUUUUGUUUGGUGCGUUUACUGCACUCUCGUCAUCCGGAGAUGUUUUUUCACCACUUUGUUGAGUGCGUGUUUCACUUGAAUGAUUAUAAUUCUCACCCUGCUUACAACAAAUUCGUGCAAAGUGAGAAGGAGAAGAAAGUGUUCAGCUUGAGAGGAAAUCAGCGAAAAUCUGACAGAAUGGAAAUUUAUGCUUUCCUGCUGGAGAAUGUCACAGAUGAGCAACGCUUUCGGAUUACAGCCAGACUGUGCCAAGAUGUGUUGGGUGGAGUUAUAGAUGAUUUGAUUCCUUUGAAUGAACAUAGCUCAGAAGUAAUUGCUGAUACGCUGACCGUUCUCUGCUCAUCAGAGAUUAAACUGACUACUUUGCGAGCAAAAUCUACUGCAGAUGAAGAGCAAGAUGUAAUUGAAGACAAUCCUGCUGCUGCCACGGCUUUGGCGAAAGCCAAAACAAAAGUAGUGUCACAGCUGGUGAAGAAGACUGUCAUGGAGAAUAUCGUUCCGAUCAUUAUUGCAUUGAAGCAGAUUCUUGAAACAGCACACUCUUGUCUACUUCGAGAGCUAAUGGCAUACUUACAGGAAUUGCUGAAAGAUUAUAAAGAUGAGCUACAUGAUAUUAUGUCAGCUGAUCGGCAGUUGGCUAGUGAAAUUGAAUUCGAUUUGAGACGAUUUGAAGCUGAGAGAAAAGAAGCCAAGCGUGCUCUUGAAUUAUCAAGCAGAGCUGGGUUUUCCCCGGCUCAGAUGGUAUCUCCCGGGACACCUAGAGCAAUGGGAAAUUUGCUGAGAACGCCAAAGUCAAGCAUUGCUCCACAGCUUCGAAAAGAUGCUAUUCGUUCAUCUUGUUUUGGAAAAAUGCAGUCUCCAGGUGUGGUCGGUGGUAGUCCCGCUCUUGGUUCACACAGGAAGUCAACACAAUUCACUUCUGCGGGCAAAGGCGAGAAUGCAGAGAUCCAUCAGUUACACGAAGGGGCUGGUCUAACUAUUGAAAAGCAUACUAGUGAAGGAGCCUCACAGGAGCAAUCUGGCCAUCCUGCUGUAGUCAAUCGAGCUACCAGUACACCUCAGGGAGAUCUUACAAGCAUUUCGUUUCGUGCUCUUGCAAGACCAAGCAUGGCACUUCCUCCAUCUCCUAUUGAUCACCGGCAAUCCAUCCUCUUUAUGGACUACCCAAAAGACACCCAUCCCAAUCCUGUUUGGAAAGUAAAGCAUUCGAAGACAGUUGCUACGGAUGGAAGACACGGAAAGUGAUUUUAUCCAGGCUGGCAUAGUUUACGUAUUUUUACUAAGUUACGUUGUAAGACGUAUGACUAUAUCUGCUCUUUCUGCGUUGACCUGCCCCCCGGAAUCAUCAUGACUGUUGUAGCGGUAAUUACGAGGAGAGGACUGGCUAGUAAGUAUA